CCAACUCAGGGCCUAAAAAGAAACAAAAAAUAUAUAAACAUUUUAAUAAAGUUUUUCUGAUUCAACAAGCGGAACGCAACACUUCAACCGUCUUCUUCCCUCUUUUCUCCCGGUCUCAGAUUUCGAUUCCCAUUAGCGCAAAUCACCGCCGUUGUUGCUUUCUCCGCCUUUUGAUCCGCCGGCCAGACGCUACAACAUUCGAACAAGGCAAGCCGAGACCGAAAUUCACCCUCCGCCGUCUUUCGAUCGCGAAAAGGCUUGGGGAAAGGGGCUGGUGAAGAUGUCCACGAUGGAGAGCUUGAUCGGACUAGUCAACAGGAUCCAGAGAGCUUGUACUGUGUUGGGAGAUCAUGGCGGUGGCGAAAGCAUGUCUCUAUGGGAGGCUCUUCCCUCUGUCGCCGUCGUCGGUGGCCAGAGUUCGGGGAAAUCAUCCGUGUUGGAAAGCGUGGUCGGCAGAGAUUUCCUGCCUCGUGGAUCUGGCAUUGUUACCCGGAGGCCGCUAGUGUUGCAACUUCAUAAAAUAGAGGAGGGACGCUCUGAUUAUGCCGAGUUUCUUCAUCAACCGAGAAAGAAGUGGACUGAUUUUGCCGCGGUGCGGAAGGAGAUCCAAGAUGAAACAGAUCGAAUAACUGGGAAAACAAAGGCGAUAUCGAACAUUCCAAUUCAACUGAGCAUAUAUUCUCCAAAUGUUGUCAAUUUGACCCUCAUAGAUCUUCCAGGGCUGACAAAAGUUGCUGUAGGUAAUUACUCUACAAUGAACAGACACUGUAGUGAUGGAAUUAUUCUCUUAACAUCUACAGAGGGUCAGCAGGAAAGCAUUGUUCAAGAUAUUGAAAAUAUGGUCCGCUCUUAUGUCGAGAAGCCCAAUUCCAUCAUAUUGGCUAUUUCUCCUGCGAAUCAAGACAUUGCAACAUCAGAUGCCAUAAAACUUGCACGAGAAGUCGAUCCUUCAGGUGAAAGAACGUUUGGUGUGUUGACAAAACUUGAUUUGAUGGAUAAAGGAACCAAUGCUUUGGAUGUUCUUGAAGGACGAUCAUACAGGUUGCAACAUCCAUGGGUUGGAAUUGUUAAUCGCUCUCAAGCUGAUAUCAACAAGAAUGUUGACAUGAUUGUUGCUCGCCGAAAGGAGCGUGAAUAUUUCGAAACAAGCCCGGAAUAUGGGCAUUUGGCUAGUAAAAUGGGGGCAGAAUAUCUUGCAAAGCUUUUGUCCAAGCAUUUAGAGACUGUUAUUAGGCAGCGCAUACCAAGCAUCAUUGCUUUGAUAAACAAGACUAUAGACGAGCUUAAUGCAGAGUUGGAUCGGAUUGGCAGGCCUAUUGCAGUGGACUCGGGGGCUCAGCUAUAUACCAUUCUUGAAUUAUGUCGUGCAUUUGAUCGCGUUUUUAAGGAGCACCUUGAUGGAGGGCGUCCUGGAGGAGAUCGAAUCUAUGGGGUGUUCGAUCAUCAACUACCUGCUGCAUUGAAGAAGUUGCCAUUUGAUCGCCAUCUCUCAACUAAGAAUGUGCAGAAAGUCGUUUCAGAAGCUGAUGGUUACCAGCCACAUUUAAUUGCUCCAGAACAGGGGUACAGAAGGCUGAUUGAUGGAUCGAUAAGCUUUUUCAAAGGCCCAGCUGAAGCCUCUGUUGAUGCUGUGCAUUUCAUUUUGAAGGAACUUGUAAGGAAGUCAAUGGCUGAAACAGAGGAGUUGAAGCGUUUUCCAACGCUUCAGGCUGACAUUGCUGCUGCUGCUAACGAAGCCCUGGAAAGAUUCCGUGAUGAUAGCAGAAAAACAGUUCUGCGACUAGUGGACAUGGAGUCUAGCUAUCUGACCGUGGAAUUUUUCCGUAAACUUCAAAUGGAGCCAGACAAGCCCACAAACUCAAAAGAAGCCCCAAAUCCAGCUGUCCCAGCAAUUGACCGUUACAAUGAUUAUCAUUUCAGAAGGAUCGGAUCAAAUGUCAGUGCUUACAUUAACAUGGUUUGCGAUACAUUGCGGAACUCGGUUCCCAAGGCUGUAGUGUAUUGUCAGGUCCGAGAGGCCAAGAGAUCUCUUCUUAAUCACUUCUAUACUCAAAUAGGAAGAAGAGAGAAGGAGCAGCUUGGUGCAAUGUUGGAUGAAGACCCACAAUUGAUGGAAAGGAGGACACAGCUGGCGAAGAGGCUCGAACUAUACAAAUCAGCACGCGACGAAAUCGAUUCGGUUGCAUGGAAAUGAGAGAAGUUUGACGCAUUCGAUUGAGGUCCACAUUUACGUUCUCGUGAUCGAGAUACCCGACAGUGACGGUGGCUCUUUCUAUAAUUCACACUAUUCUUUUGCGAUGCUCACCACUCCGAUUAUCUGCGGUCAAUUUUUUGCUUGUUAGUAUAGUUGGAUUGUACAACAACACACAACAGGUCAGUCAAUAUGGUGUUGAUGAUGUAUUGGAAAAGAAGCUUUUGGGAUGGCCUGGUGCUGUCAAAGACUGAGUGGUGAAAUAUGUACCCUUUUGUGUACUGUGUAUGAUUUGAGUAGUAAUCUAUCUUGUUACUUUUUGGCUAAUGAUAAUGUGUCGUUGCUAUAUCCUGCUUCACAUGGAGGAG